AUGAGCGAGAGCUUUUGGCUGAGGACUGCUGGGCCGAAUCCCAGAAUUGGUAUCGAGAGGAACAAUUUUCCGGCAACAGGCCGAAAGUUGCCCACACUUUUGCAGGCGGCGUACACACUCGGACAGCGGGCGGAGCGCACAGAGGAGCGUACAGAGGUGGCUUUAACGCAUCACGUCUGUCAGGAAGACAAGCAAGCGUCUGCGGAGGCCUUGGCCAUAUUAAUGGUGCUAUUGUGCGGAGACAAAGUUCCAGGGAACGAUUUCGUGUUCUUAGUCUCAGACGGCUAUGGCGCUCGAUUGGGGCAUAUCAAGCGUGUGUUCGAUACGACGUUAGGUUUCACGUGGAACGAGCCUGUCAAGGUGUACGUGAAACGCACAAACCACGCGCCACAGAAUAUUACGUGCUGGUGCCAUUCACGUCGAGCGACAUGGAAGUACCACUCGUUACAAUUUGGCACAAGGCGCGCCUGCGGAAGCACGGACAUGCAGCUUUCGUGCUCUUAUUGCUCGUACACGCGCAUUCAGGAGAAGCUACCUAGAGCUGCGGCGUUCAUGAGUGAGACCGGAAUCGAAGGCGGAGCUUCCACACAGCGACAUGCGGUUGUUAGCCAAGCACGGCUGCCCGACGGCAGUAUUGAGGAGGUUCCGCACAACACUACUUUUCGCCAGCUGCAAUUUAUCAAUCGCCAACAGAAUACAAUGGAGCAAGAACGAGCGGUCCAGCAUGCGAGAUGUGAUGAAGCGUAUCGGCUAAACGUCCCUCCUACCGUUUGCAUCCACCCCAUCGUGUACCCCAACACCUUGAUGUGCCUGAUCCAAGCAUGGAUAUUACUGAUGCUGAUCACGAAGAUGGCGCUAUAG